UCCUUCCCCCUCGGCCUGGUUCCCGGCCGGGGCCGAAAUCGAUCUAGUGAGUCCCUCGCGGGCGAACCAGGCCACAACAGAUAGUAGGCGGGUGGUGUCCCAAGGUGCAACUCACCGCCGCGCUGGCUCAGCGUGGCGGUGAGGAUGCACAGACGGUGGUAGUGGCGAGAGGUGUGUAUGGACACUGUUCCCGCGGCAGUAAUGCAAAGCGGCAAACUGCACCUGGCAACCACCGUCGCGGAAAGCGUGGCCCACGAAGCUGGAGGAGUAGAGAGAUUCGUAAACACCACGUCAGUAAGCACCGCUCGCGGGAGAAGGGAGACAACCGCGGGCACCGCGGGAAGGAAGUGCUGCACCCUCCGCGCCAAAACACCACAGGCAAGAACCGAGCUCUGCAGAGAUGGAUUGAUGCAAGGAAACUCGCCGCUCGGAAAAUACGGAAGAAAGCACACACGCAACGCGAGGCGGACCGAGAGAGACACGAGACCGCAGCGGCCGUCAAGGCGGCUGCGAAGAAGAAUGCACGAGAGGGCGACCUAUCGUUCGGCACGUUCAACGUACGCACGCUCGCCUACAGCGGACUUCAGGAGACCCGACGAGCGGGGCAAGGUUCAAUUGCACACGACGGCGAUUAAGGAAGCCAUGUGGGAGAGUGUGGGCGAGGAAGGUAGGACGGUGGAGUGCAUUAGCCCGAGGCUGAUGAAGGUGCGUCUACAAAUUGGCCGCACCUGCGGAGUAACUUUCGUGGUGGGGUACGCCCCCACGGAAACUGUCCGCACCACCGCGUGCGGAGACGUUAACGCCAAGGACUCCUUCUGGACUGCUCUCGACGCAGCGAUCCGGGAGGUUCACAGCCGUGACCAUCUCGUGGUGCUAAUGGACGCCAACGCACGUACUGGUAGGAGGCGAGACGGGUGCUGCGAUGCCAAGAUUAUGGGCGCGUACGGACGCGACAUUAUGAACAACAACGGGGAACGACUCCUUGGACUGGCGUCAGACAACCAACUCUCCCUGACCAACACCUACUUCCGGACACCGAAAGGUGGAGUGCAGCACACAUUCCAGAGCUCCAACAAGGGAAAGGAGAAGUACCGCCUCGACUUCAUCCUCAUGCGUCAGGCGGACCGGCGUUUCGUGCGCAAUGUCUCCGUCAAACGUGUCGACUUCAAAGACUCUGACCACAACCUCGUGCUUACGACUGUCCGCCUCCCCCCCCGUGUCGCACCCAACCGACGAGUGCGGGGGAACAGCGGAAGCAGCCGGAUCCGUAUCGACCUCGAGCGGUUGAGGAAGGACAAACACCUACGGGACGCCUUCCAAAACAGGGCCUCUAGCCGCCCUCCGCCCACGGCGCUCAGGCGGCCAACGGGAGAGACCGCCGCCGAGCUGACGGCUACGGUGAUGUCGGCCGCUGCUGAGACCGCGCCGCUGGCGAGGUGCGCACGAGGGCAGAGAGACUGGUACAAGAGCGAAGCGCAGCACGAGAUCUCCGAAGCGUCCAAGGAGACCAAGGCGACCCAGCAGCAACUGCGUGGGGCCUCAAAGAACAGCGCCUUCGAGGCGACCCUGAAGGCGAUGCUCAAGGCGGCGCGGAAGAAGCGCAGCAUCGCGAGGUGGAGAGCACUGGAAAAGUUCUUCGAGGGCUAUGUACGGCAGCUCGAGAAGAAGAGCCGCGAGGGGGAUCAGGCGGGUUUCUACAGGCACCUGAAGAUGAUCGACGUCGAAGGUAAGAGGUCGUUCACCUCUCAGAACAUCAAGGACGAGGACGGCAAGGUCCUUCGGGACCCCACGUUUAUUCGCCAACGGUGGGCACGGUGGUUCCACAAGCUUCUCAACACCAAGUCGCCGACCAUCGACCUGCAUGCGGCUGACAAGGUCAAGCGGUGGCCCACGUGCGUGCCACUCGACGACAUCCCAUCUCUACUUGAGGUUGAGGAAGCGGUACG